AUGGGGAGGACAGCUGUGGCGGUUACACGGAUUGAGCCACUACCGGAACUGUCUAAACUCUUCCAUCAUUUCCUUCUCCCAACGCCAACUGAAACUGAGGUAAUCACUGCUCCGGAGCUAUCCCUUGCUGAUACAGAGAUCAACUGGGCUAGGUUGGACAAGACAAGGUUUCACGUUAUAGGGGCUAUUCUUUUUACUGCACAGCAAGCGUUGAUACAUCCAACCGCUGUCGUCAAGACUAGAAUGCAAGUGGCUGAUUCUCGGUUCGCUCAUAUGCCUGGAAUGCUUGUCUUUAAACAUAUCUUGAGAAAUGAUGGUAUCCCUGGCAUUUUCCCAGGUUUUGGAACCUCCGCGAUUGGAUCAUUGCCUGGUUUGACAUCUCUUGAAAUGUCGAAAGAUUUGAUGUUGAAAUAUACGGAAGGGCUGGAUAUGGCUGAAGCAACACGUAUUGGUCUUGCAAAUGGAGUGGCAGCCAUGUUCUCAAGCUUAAUCUCUUCCCUCUACUUUGUGCCAUUGGACGUGAUAUGCCAGAGACUUAUGGUGCAAGGGCUGCCUGGAGCAACAUUUUACAAUGACCCUUUUGAUGUUGCACGUAAAGUGAUAAAAGCUGAAGGAUUUCGUGGGUUGUAUAGAGGCUUUGGACUAACAUCUAUAGUCCUAUUGGAAAAUUUAUAGUUGGAAUGGAAUGUCUUUUGCAUGUCACUCUGAGAGAAACUAUAAAAUGUCAUAAUGUACGGUUGUAGGGAGUCAAUAGUUUAGUUGGCUACUUUCAGCUCUUGAUCUGCUCAUUUAUAUUGUUUUUCUGUACUGCCUAGUCUAUCUCUCUCUUUCUUGGCUGUCCUUCCAUCAGAGAGGUUAUCUAUAAAGGAAGUGUGAUGUUCUGGUAUAG